GAUGCCUCAGCUUCUGCAGAUACACCCAAACAACUUUCCUCAUUAUUUUCCAGAACCUCUCCUCCGGUUUUCAUUUCAGCAUUUUAAGAUAAAAAGAAAAAGAAAUCAGCAGUUUUGAUCCGUAUCUCGGCGGCUCCCUCACUAAGCGUCAUUGCGAGACUCCCUAGAUCCUGUUGCGACAGCAGCUGAUGGUGAGGAGGGUGGAACAAUAUCCAGCGCUCACCUCCUCCUAUUUAUUCACUUUGGAAGUCAGAGUAAAAGCCGGUCAGCACAAGAGGCAAGAUUAACAUUGCUGGAACAAACAUGAACAGUACUCAUCUUUCCAAGGAGCGCGAGUUAAGCGGCGACACAGCUACUCUUCACCUUGAUGGAAUCCCUCCAGAAACACUGACUGAGGUGUUAAAGUACCUGGAACCUUUCCGUCUGUCUCUGGAGAAACUGCGGGAAAUUUCGGCUCGACUCAAAAAGGAUAUGAUCCGAGGUCUGGGGAAACACACACAUAACAGGGCGUCUGUCAAGAUGCUUCCCACCUUUGUAAGGGAAACGCCAGAUGGGAAAGAGAAAGGAGACUUUCUGGCUCUAGAUUUGGGUGGAACAAACUUCAGGGUGCUUCAUGUCAGAGUGGUGGAGGAGGAGCAGAGGAUGCUAAAGAUGGACAGUCAGAUCUGCGCCAUUCCUCAGGAAAUCAUGUUGGGAAGCGGAGAAAAGCUUUUUGACCACAUCGCAGCCUGUCUUGGUGAAUUUCUCGGCUCUCAGAAACUAAAAGGAAAGACUCUUCCAUUGGGUUUUACCUUCUCUUUUCCCUGUGAACAAAAAGAAAUUGACAAGAGCAUCCUGAUCCGCUGGACUAAAGGUUUCAACUGCUCCGGGGUGGAGGGGGAGGAUGUGGUAAAACUACUGAAAGACGCCAUCCGUAAGAAAGGGGACUAUAACAUUGGCUCGGUUGCUAUGGUGAAUGAUACAGUGGGCACGAUGAUGAGCUGUGGGUACAGGGAUCAGAGCUGCGAGAUUGGGAUGAUCAUCGGAACAGGAACCAAUGCCUGCUAUAUGGAGGAGAUGAAAAAUGUGAAACGUGUGGAGGGUGAGGAUGGAAGGAUGUGUAUUAACACGGAGUGGGGAGGCUUUGGAGAUGAUGGUUCCCUUGAAGACAUUUUGACAGAGUUCGACAAAGUAGUGGACAAGACUUCCAUCAACCCUGGAGUCCACAUCUUUGAGAAGAUGAUCAGUGGGAUGUAUCUGGGGGAAGUGGUUCGGCUGGUUCUAGGGAAGCUAACAGAGGAGAAGCUGUUGUUUAAAGGGGUGGCAUCUGAGGCACUGCUUACUCCAGGGAGGUUUGAGACAAAGUUCAUUUCUGAAAUUGAAGAGCCUGACAGAGGUCUGGAAAAUGUCCAAAAGAUUUUGACCAAACUGGAUUUAAAGUGGGAUUUGGUUGAUGCCUGCGUUGUGCGACUUGUCUGUGACACCAUCUCCUCACGCUCUGCUCGUCUCUGUGCUGCUGGUUUGGCAACAAUCGCCAACCGUAUUCGUGUCAACCGAGGGCUAGACCACCUGAAGACCACCGUAGGAGUGGAUGGGACAGUGUAUAGAAAACAUCCCAAUUUCAGUGAUGAGCUCCAGGCAGCAGUGCGCCUCCUAGCCCCCAAAUGUGAAAUCAGCUUUCUUGUCUCAGAGGACGGAAGUGGAAAAGGUGCUGCCAUGGUUGCAGCUGUGGCUCAGCGACUGGCUGUCCAGUCACACCUCUUGGACGACAGUGAUGGAGAGGACGAAGAUGAGGAGGAGGAGGACGAAGAAGAUUAUUGAGAGGGGGCUAUUUAAGACAUUUUUAAAAGUUACAGCCGGAAAAAAAGUGUAUUUUCUUUUCACUCUAAAGUGUCGCUUUGUAAAAAAAAAAAAAA